ACUGCAGGAAUCUUGUAAGACAAAGAUUCAUUUAGAAAAAGAAAGCCUUUGACUUAGCAAAGAUUGUCAUGGGUUCCUGACUGAAAUCGUUCAAAGACGAGGGGAAAAACAGGACAGGUUUGUUUUGAUGAUUGGGUUCUUAGGAAAGUGGAGGUGGGAGGAGGAGGAGGAGCCACAGCUGGAAUUUCCCUACCUGCCUGCCUAUAAAGUGGUUUCGUUGGCUCACGGGCUUAAUAAGGAACAGACAGAAACCCAGGGAGCUGAACUGCACACGUCUUGGAUCGUGUUGGAGCAUUCUGACAGCAGCUCAAGCUACCGUUCCUGCAGUGGCUUCAUCAUGUCGUCCUCGUGCCUUAGCAGCGUGUUGACCAAUGCCAACCUCACCAUGUACCAGACUGGCCUGUCUGAUGGGGUGUCACCUGGUGGGCUGCCCAGCAUCAACCCCUUGCAGAACUCCAACAUGAAUGGAAAUUGGUACCGACAGACCAACCCAGAGAACUGGACUGGAGAACAUGUUUUGGAAUGGAUCAGCAACCUUGUAGAGAGAAACCAGUUCGAUGCCAGCACCCUGAGUCUGACAUACUGUGCCAUGGAUGGCCACACCCUCUGUCACAUGGACCAGGACCAGAUGACAGCCACGUUUGGCCCAGCCCUUGGCCCACAUCUCUACCUGAGUUUACAGGAGCACAAGACUAAAUAUGAACUGCUGAACUUGUCAGCACCAGAAAUGAAUGAGACCUGUCAGCUUUUGGACAACUUCUUGGACAACCUGAACUAUCCUCUGCUAAGCACCAUCAAAAUUGGACACGCUGAAGAACCCAUCAACAAGAAAGAGUUAAUGUUACAGGAGGAGGAUUGCCUGAUGAGCCCGAGCUUUGAGUCCAUGGACUAUACAGGCUACCAUUCUGACAACCAGUGUGACAGCGAGUUCAGCGGGUCCACUAAUGGAGGAAUGUUCAGCUACCCGAACCAGAGUUCGCCAGAGUCCGGCAGCAGUGAAUCAGAUCCAGAGUUUUCUUACCCACCGAUCUCCAAGAUGCACAUCAAGACUGAGGAAAGAGAAUGUCGGGUGAAGAGGCCGCGGGGUCGUCCUCCAAAAGUGAGCAGAGAACACAGCAGUGGCCUUUACAGCAUCUCUAAAAAGAACAAGCAUGCUCCUCGAGGUACUCACCUGUGGGAGUUCAUCAGGGACAUUCUAAUUCACCCAGAGAAGAACCAGGGUCUGAUGAAGUGGGAGGACCGUCGGGAAGGGGUGUUCAAGUUCCUCAAGUCCGAGGCCGUGGCUCAGAUGUGGGGCCAGAAGAAGAAGAACAGCAGCAUGACUUAUGAGAAGCUGAGCCGUGCCAUGAGGUAUUACUACAAAAGGGAGAUCCUGGAGAGAGUUGACGGCCGAAGGCUAGUGUACAAGUUUGGGAAAAACUCCAGUGGCUGGAAGAUCGAGGAGGUUGGCAUGAGCCUGUGACACCUUCAUGAGAAAGCCACUAGCCUUAGUAGCAAGCAGUCUUGAAGAAGGUCAGCUGUCUUGACAGAGAAAGUCUUCCAGCCCAAAGUUUUAGACACAGACUUCCUGUAAGAGGGAAGGUGUUACAAAAAAUGUAAGCCAGUGUGCUUGGCUCGUGUAGGUUUUAUGAACCAUUAUUAUUUUUUGAGAUGUUGAUGAAUUGUACAGCAUUCAAUUGUUGACUGAUGAUCAUGCAUUAUUUUUCAUUUGUGUAUUUUUUUCUGGUUUGAGUAUGUCUUUUCUUUAUGGUUGUGUACCAACAGCUCAACAGAGAGCAGGGGAAGUGUGUGAUGUUCCACACAUUUAUAGCAAAAGGCCCUGAACUCUGUGCAUCUAUGUGCAAGAAAACUUGUUGCAAGCAUAGGAGCUGAUGAUCAUGGAAAUCAGCUGCAGUUUUAUCAUUCUAUUUAUCCUCUUGUACCUUUGGAUUUAUUUUGUUUUUACACAAGCCCUGUCAAUCUCAGCGUCUUGUUUUUAUAGAACUCAAUAAAAUUGUGCACAAAUACUAA